GGUAUAUCCACUGUCAGUCUUGCUUCGCAAAAACAAAAAUUAAAUCCUCGUGAUUAUGCGAGUACAGUAGAGUAAUAAUUUUUGAAUCUUUAACUUGGAUAUAGUUCAUACAAUGAAAGAACGUGUGAUAUCGAUCAGUGAGAAGACUUUUGUGCAAAAAGCUGUUCUUGAAUCAACGCGCGUGGAUGGUCGAUCGCUAGAUGAAUUUCGUAAGCUGCGCAUCAACUUUGGCUCCGAAUGGGGCAGUGUCCAUGUGUCGUUGGGAGAGACUCGCGUGCUGGCCCAAGUCAGCUGCGAAGUUGUAACUCCGAGAGCAACCCGACCUAACGAAGGAACACUGUUCAUCAACGUAGAGAUGGGUCCCAUGGCAGCAGCCCACUUCGAACCCGGUCGACAGUCGGAGGCUGGUGUCCAGUUGAACAGAAUCCUCGAGCGUGCCAUCAAGGACUCCGGCUGCGUAGAUUUAGAGUCUCUUUGUCUGGUGGCCGACGAAAAGGUUUGGAAUCUUAGAGUGGACAUAAAUGUUCUAAAUCACGAGGGUAACGUGAUUGAUUGCGCCUCGAUUGCGGCGUUGACUGCUCUGGCACAUUUCAAACGACCGGAUGUUAGUCUGAACGGCGAGGAAGUUGUUAUUCAUACUAUCUAUGAGAGGGAUCCGAUCCCUAUUGGAAUCAACCAUUUUCCGAUUUGCGUUAGCUAUGGUAUUUUCAACAAAGGAAAACUAGCUAUUGCCGAUCCAACCAAUCUGGAGGAACGAGUAGCCGAAGCCAAAAUCGUGUUUGGGAUGAACUCCUACGGUGAACUAUGUGGUAUUCAUUUGGGCGGAAUCACUUUGACAAGCUCGGACGUUUUGCUACGAACUGCGGCCAAGUCAGCGAAGCGUGCGAGGAUUAUUGUCCAAAAGAUUAAGGAUGUUAUUCAGGAGGAUGCCGUAAAACGCAAGGAAAAUGUCCCAAUCGGGUUCAGUGAGUGUAUUCGGCUUAGCCAAAUUACCGCGAUGGCCCAGGAUAGGCUCACUAUUCGACUGAAAAGGUUCAAGUUGGAUAAAAACAACCAAAACGAUGAAACUGGAUCAGACGAGGAUGACGAGGAAGAGAAAAAGAAAGAAUUGGUACAGCAGACUGAUGAUGAAAUUAAACAUGAAAUCGAUGAUGUCGAGGUCGAAUAUGAAGAACCGAUGGAGAUGGAAGAAACAAUUGUGUCAUUGUCGGAGAAUUCGGCAAUUUUAUUACCGAAAACCGAAGAUGCAAAUAACGCUUGGAUUCCAGAGGAUGAAAUGGUAACCGACGUGGUAGUUAAAAAGGAAAAGAAGUCGGCAAAGAAGAAAAACAAGAAAAAGAAAAAGUCGAAAGAAGCGAUUGCUCGAAUGAAUGACGUUGAUGUAUCAAGUAGCAGUGAAGAAGAAACGAUUCUGCUUACAUCGGAGGACAUUCAACGGUAAGUAACGAUGCACAAAAUGACAACACAAUCUAAAGCAGUAAAAUUAUGUUCGAA